UUUCCCUCACCUACCUUCCGAUCCUGAAUCCUAACCCGAACCUGCCUUAAGCUCGGGCCGACACAUCGUUUUUCCGUUAAUGGCAGACCGUAUUAACACCGGCAAUGAAACGGACGACAAGUCGGGUCAGAGUUUAAAGUACAAAGGCGUUAGGAGGAGGAAAUGGGGGAAAUGGGUUUCUGAAAUUCGGCUGCCCAAUAGCCGUGACCGUAUUUGGUUGGGUUCUUACGACAAACCCGAGAAGGCGGCGCGUGCAUUCGACGCGGCUCAAUUUUGUCUGCGUGGUCCCCACGCGAAGUUUAACUUUCCUGAUACUCCGCCGGAGAUUGAAGGCGGAGACCGGCUUUCGGCUCAGGAGAUUCAGGCAGCUGCCGCUAAGUACGCGGCGGAGGACGGCGGAGAUGGAGUAGGAGAUCAUGAUGGGUAUAGCAAUGAAAAUGAGGAAGUGGUGGCGGUUGAGGGCGGCGAUGGCGGCGGCGUUUGGCCGGUUUGGGACAUGUUGGACGGUGGUUGGGAAUUUGGGUUUGGUGGGAAUGCAACGAUUUAUGAUGGAGAUGUUAAUUUUGAAGUGCAAGAAAAUAUGGAGGAGGAUGAGUUUGUUGAUGGUGGAGAGUAUUUUUGUCAUGAGGCUAAUUUCCUAUGGAACUUUGAUAAUCAUUAACCCUAUAAACCUAUUUUAAAAAAAGAGAGAAAAGAAAAACCUAUAAUAUUUUUUUAAAAAAAAAUUGC